AUGCCAUUAUUUUUAUUCAAAUCACGUCUGGUACAGUUUUUGAAAGAUUACUACAAACUGGUGAAACCAUACAUAGACGAUGAUAUCUCCAGGAAACUUGAAAGCUUCCCCAGUGUGGCGGAAUUAACAACUUUGGCCGAACAGGAAUUUAUUAAAUAUUACGGGUUAUUUCCUACCUGCGCGGUAUUCGCGCCAGGAUGUCUAACUAUAGCCGGCAAGAACACUGAUCUCGCGGAAAGUAAAUCAUUGUCCAUGAAAAAGCAACGCAAGCGUGCUUCGACACACACACACACACACAAAGUAGACAUUUGUCUUCGUUUAUCUUUGUUUGAAAUAAAACAGGCCAUUCAACUUGUCACGUUGGUAGUUGGUAAGCGCAGUCACGGCAGCAAAUGGUGUCAGGUUAAAACGCUCUCGGACGAAAUUGCCGGUGAAAAGGCGUUCGAGUUAAGUUUGAAAGAUGAAAAUCUCCGCGUAUCCACGGAAGAAACUUCAUGGAUACGCUACUUAAAAGGAACGAUACGAAGUUUCAAGGACAAAGGAGCACACGUUCCUGGAUUUCAAAUCGUAAUUGCCUCCAGCCUGCCGGUAAAAUGCGGCCUCGGGAGUAGCUCCGCCCUGGUCGUUGCGCUCUACACAUUUCUCGAAGCAAUUACGAAUACGUAUACCAGAAACGUUAUGGAGAAAACGUUAGCAUGCCAUUUCGCGGAGAAAAUAGCGGCAGCCUCCUGUAGAGUUCGUAUCACGGAUGUUCUCACUUCCGUUCUUGGGAAAGUAGACAAGAUUUCCGUGCUCGAUACACGAUCCCUUCAUAUCGAUCGAUGCGAUUGGAAUGCAAUCGACGUAGAAUUGAUUCUUAUCGAAUUAGCUAACCUCGAAAAAAGUAAUUCACCGGAAAGUAGCACGAAUGAAAUAUGUUACAAGGAAGCGAUGAUCGUCACGAACACGACAUCUCGGUGGCGUACACAUCCGCUUGGUGUGUCGAUGAUGGAAUAUUUAUUUUCGCAAAAACCGAUGCAAAUCAACAGAAAUGUAAUCGACCAGGACGAAAGAAUAGGGAAAAUGAAAGACGCCAUUCGAAGAGAACAAUGGAAGGAGUGGGGUAGCUUUAUCAACAACUUGAUAUUUUGUUUUUCAUUGCGUAGUAUUAAUAUCGUAUAAUUGAUAUAAGCAAGUAUCUUACAUAGCUUGUUAAAGUAUUACAUGAAACGCAAAUACAAUAUAUUAUUUAGGCUGUAUCUUCUCUUAUAAUAAUAGGUCGCAUUUUCGAUUUCCAUUAAUAUGUUUCGAAUGUUAAUUAAUUUAAGUACCGCACGAUCCCUUGAAAGCAUUUCAGCUUUUCGCGUUUCUAUCCCAAUUUCUUGUUAAUGUUUAUAAAUGCACAUUAUAGGAAAGCUCUUGUGGGAAAAUCAUCAUUCUGCGUGUGAAACCUUGAGUUUCUUACCGGAUAAUAUUGAACGUAUUAUGAACAUGUUGAAAAAUAUCGAGGGAGUUUUAGGAGCCAGUGUUACCGGUUAUGGUGCAUCCAUAAUCACAUUGGUAAUUCAAUUACUUUUCCUUCAAUUAAAACAAAACAUUUACUUGGGGGAAAAAAGAAACAUACUGUACUUUUUUUAAACUUACUAUAAUGCAACACAAAGAAUGUAAACAAAAAUACAUGUUAUUAUGAUUAUUACGUAAGAUAUUGCUCGAAAUGUUACAGUUCUUUCACUUGUUUCAAACUUCGUUAAUUACAUAGCAACAUUUUCCAACAGGUACAAAGAUCGACACUGAAAAAUUUCUUCUCCUUUUUGAAUAGCACGAAGAUUUCCCAACAACGAUGUUACAUAAUGAAGUCAUGCAAGGGAGCAUCUACACUUUACACAUAUGAACGACACUUAAACCCUUGGACUAUAAAACAUCUUUCUCACCCGAAAUUAAUAAUUAAAUAUCACCUUCGCGAUAAAGGCGACAAUGUCAAAAAAGAUUAUUAUAACAAAGCUGGCAAAUGGAGCGCCGCAAUAUCGUUAUACACACCACGCAAAUCGAUGGAUUUAUAAUUGAACUUUUAUAAUUGAAUUUUUUUUAUGCUUUUAGAUGUAUGUUUUUACUAUGAAUAUACACAUAGGAACUUUUACGUCUGUGUGCAUUUCAUUAAUCUUAUAGUAAUUCAACCAUUGUUCUUGCAACAGUUGAUAAACGAGUACAAUAAAAGAAAAGUGGAUAAAGUGUCUUACGAAAUAAUUUUCGUUUGGGCGGAAAAUAAUACGUAGAUUAUCAUGUUGCAGAAUUGAUCUUUUUAAUGGAAUGUGUAUUUGAUUGGUCGUCAACUUUUGUGUGCGCAAGUUACGCAUGCGCA